AUGAUUUUUGGGUUGCUGUUCCUCAUGGCCCUGAGCCUUCUACAGGUCCCUCUCAGUGAUGGACAGGGCUGCUUGAGCAAGCGGUCAGUGCUCGCCACCAUCCGCCAGAUGCAGAAACUGCUGUCCACCCAGGAAGCUGCCCAACUGCAGGGCCUGCGCAGCCUCAGGAAGCAGCUGACCAUGCUCCAAGGGAAUGUCCACAAGCAGGCCACACGGAGGAAUGGUAUCGAUGACUGUGCCAGCCAUCCCUGCACCAACGGGGGCACCUGUGUGGAUGACGUACAGCGAUACAUCUGCCUCUGUCCAAGCGGCUGGAUUGGAAGCAACUGCCAGACUCCUGCCACCUCCUACUGGGUGUCUCUGAGCAACUCCUCCUUCAGCCGCCAGCCCCGCUGUGCCGAGAACGGGCAGGGCGCCCGUCAGUGCAGCUGUGACACGGGCUUCCAGAUGCGUGCCGGCGGCUUGUGUCAAGAUGUUGACGAGUGCCAGCUUUUCCAGCUGAACCAACAGAACAGAAUCUGCGUCCACAGCUGUAUCAACCUACCUGGGUCUUACCGCUGUGUCUGCCCCGCGGGCUACCUGCUCAACCCUGACCAAAACACGUGUGAAGAUGUAGACGAGUGUGCAGAUCAACAGCACAAUUGCAGCCGAGGCGAGCUGUGCAUCAACGUCUUUGGGGGCUUCCAGUGUGUGCGACCAGAAUGUCCUCGGCCCCGCCACAACACCAGUUACGUGAAGACGUCAGCCUUCCAGUGUGAGCGGAACCCGUGCCCAGUGGACAGCCAAGCCUGCCGCCAGGCGGCCAACUCCAUCUCCUUUCACUACCUGCCGCUGCCGUCCAACCGCACGGUGCCCCGCGUCCUCUUCAGGAUGUCCACCACGCGCUUCCUCGGAGACAGCCUGCGCUUCGCCAUCACGGGUGGCCGGGGCCUCGGGGCUUUUGCUGUGCAGCGCUCAGACCGGCACACGGGCGAGCUGGUGCUGACCAGCCCGGUGCCUGGCCCCGCCACCUUGGAGGUGCAGCUGGAGAUGAGCGAGCUCUCCAAGAAGGUUCUGCUGGGCAAGCACGUCUUCAGGAUCACCGCUUUCAUCUCCCCCUAUGAGUUCUAGCUCGCUGGUGGUGGGGGCCCUCCUCCUCGGGGUUCGCAGCGGCUUCACCUCAGGGUGCAAAGGGGAGGGUGUUCCGAGGCUGCUGUUUCUGUUUUUGCUUCCUCAGCCUUUGUUAUAGUCCGCAGGGCUGGGAUGCUAGGGAGGGUGGGGGAGAGGCCAGCCACCAUGCCUUGGGGACCUGGAAACCUGGGCUCUGGCUCUCACUCUGCCAUUUGUGACUUCUAGGAGCCUGAACGAGUCACCUCCCCUGCUCCGGGCCUCAGUUUCUCCAUCUAGCAGUAGAGUGCUAGACUAAAUUAGGUCUCUUUUGCCUCUGAGAAUAAUAAAAACUAAAAUCAUUCCGUAUCGGGCUCUUU